GGCUCCUGCUGCGCCCGCCGCUUCGUUCGCUUUCCAGCGGAUCGCAGCUCAAAGGUCGCUUCUGCGAGCCGAGGAGAGGCGCCAUGCCGGCGGCUGGAGCCUGGGAGCUCCGGGCUGCUCUCUGGUGCGUCCUGCUUUGCGCGCUCGGCGUGGUCCCGAGCCAGGCAGCAGGAGAAUGCAAGGAUCUGGAAUCCUGCAAGAAAUGCAUUGAAGGCGAAGCAUCCCUGAACAUCACCGACUGCGUAUGGAUGCUCUGCAGAGAAUCCAAGGAGCAGCAAGGUACUGGGAAUUGUGUGGGGAAGGGAGAACCGGCCAAGGAGAAAUGUUCCUUCUACAAUAUCACUACCAUGUGUGAAGCACCAAAGAUGACCACCAAGGAGCCGCCACGCCCGACCACUAAAGAACCUCCAAAGCCAUUCACAAAGGAGCCAGAGAUCCUCACCCCUGGUACGACAGCCAGCCUGCCGCUAACUGGGUCACCUGAGUUUCACUCUGCAGGCUUUGACUCUGCAAGCUUCAUUGGCGGGAUCGUCCUGGUGCUCAGCAUCCAAGCCGUUAUCUUCUUUGUCAUCAAGUUUCUCCGCUCAAAGGACAGCACCUAUCAGACAUUGAUUUGAUGGCUGAUCUCCAGGGAGCUGUCUUGAUGUGUUUCUCUCGCCUGGGACGAGGAGCUGGAGGAGAGGCCACCGGUCCGGCAUUCGGAGCCAGGAUCCUCACUUUGUUUCCUUCAGAUGGAGCUGCUUGAAGCAGAAGAUCUACUACAGAUUUAGUCAACCCAUUGCAAUUAUGGGCACAGCUUGUUCAGGUUGCCAGAACCCUUUAGGCUUGCUGCAGAAAUGUUACAAAAUACACAUAAGACCUCUUUCACUAACAAAUUCAAGGCAGCAGGGACUUUUAUCUGCUUCAUCAGUGGGUAGAUGUCACUUUAUGUGGUUAAGAACUCCCUUGACUGGUUAGAAAUGCUUCUGUGUGACCUGGUAUAAUUUAAUUAUCUUUAUUUUGAAGCUGCAAGGCAACACAUUUUCCCUGUACCUGAUGCUGUCUUCCCCAAUGCUUCCCACAUUUAGUUUUUUUUUAAAAGUGAAGGCUUUAUCCCCCUGCCCCUGGUGUACAGGCACAGCUAAACUGAACCCGUUUAUGGGUGUUUGCAGCUAGUCCUAUGGUUUUCUGUGCUUUUAAUUUAUUCUUGCCUGUGUCCCUCCAUACAAUGUGACCCAGCUCUUGUUCAUGCCUAAUUCUGUGUCUUUAAAAAAAAGGAAAAUAGAACCCUCCACCAAAAGUGGACUCUCCAAUGCAACUGGAGCUGUUUCAGUUUAUGGGUAGGGAAAGAAGAGGCAUACUGUUUAGCCGGGUCACUUUAAAAUAAUAAUUGGUAUUUUAUGAAGAUGUUCAUAAGCCCUGGGUAAUGCUGAGUCCGUGCAUGGGAGACAUGGCAUAUGAGCUGACGAGGAGGAAGCUUUUGCACAUUCCCUGGGGGGUGAACACUGGAAUGUACUUGUGUUAGGGGAACUGGAGGCAGGGGGCAGGCUGGUUGUGUUAAACCCACUGCGUUUAUCUGAAAAGGCCUGAGAAUGGAUCUUUCCAAGGCUCUGGAUUCUGAGCUGCCCCUUUGAAAAAGCAGAGGGACUGCCCCGCGAUGGAACAGUGAUGGGUUCAGAAGGAUCUCUCCAAUAAAAAAAAAG